AUGGACGGGGACGAUCUCAUCGCCUCGGUCUACCGCAAGAUCGAGCGGGAAAAGGCUCUCAUCACCGCCGCCUCGAAUAUGCGACAAUCGACCGAUAAUCCCCUAGUGCAACAACGAGUCGAUGCGAACAUCCGCGAUGGCCGAAAGAACAUCGCCUACCUGGAGGAGAAGAUGCGGGAGCUGCAGCUCCGUCGCAUGGAGCACGAGGGUGGUGGCUCUCCCACCGAUAAGCGUCUCCCGCCUAAUCCUGAGGCUGGUCCCGUUCCUCCUCAGAAGGACUACGGCCCGGGUUAUGGGGGUAACGAGGAAUAUGGUGAUGCUUCCGGAGCCUACCCGCACGGUGGUGCUGGUUCUAUGCCGUCAGGGGCCCCAUAUGCAGACCCGCGACCUUUCGCUCCCGUGCCCAAGGCCCGGCCCAAUUACACAAAGCUUGACCUGAUUAAAUAUGACACCCAAUAUCUCGGACCCAAGAUCCAGCUCAUGCUGUCACAGCUCGAGUUCAAACUGAGUGUGGAAAAGCAGUACAAGGCGGGUAUCGAAAAGAUGGUUCGCUUAUAUCAGGAUGAGGGUGAUCGGAAGAGCCGUGCGGACGCCGAAGGCCGGCGGAUUGAGAGUAACCAGAAGAUUCAGUUGCUGAAGCAGGCCCUUAAGCGAUAUGAAGAUCUCCAUGUCGACAUUGAAUCGACAGAUACUCCCGAUGAUGAGAGUUUAAGCACCCCCAAUUUGCGCAAGCCGCUUACGGGUCUACUGACCCUCCGCAUUCAUGCCGUCAAGGACGUAGACCAUGCCGCUAGCUCAAGGUUCUCCAGAGGUCCCGAAACGUUCAUUGUGCUGAAGGUGGAGGAUACCAUCAAGGCUCGGACAAAAGCGACACGCAUCGACAGGUGGCAGGACGAAACAUUCAACAUCGAUAUCGACAAGGCAAACGAGAUCGAGCUUACGGUCUACGAUAAGUCUGGUGACCGACCAACGCCGAUUGGCAUGCUCUGGGUGCGCAUUUCCGACAUCGCGGAAGAGAUGCGUCGUAAGAAGAUCGAGUCUGAGUUCAACGCAUCGGGCUGGGUUUCUGCAGAUAAGAUGGAGCAUGGAGGUGCGCCGGGACGACCGGAUACUGCUGGGGGGGCAGGCUCUGCUCACCCAUCAGGGCCUGGGGGCCCUGGUGCGGCGCCGAGUCAGGGCUACGGAGAUGGAAGUGCCGGAGCGCCUGCUGGGAACCAGGUCAUGAUCGAUUCGUGGUUCGCGCUGGAGCCAGUUGGUCGUAUCUACCUGUCAAUGAGUUUCGCCAAGCAAUUGAAGGACCGCCGGCCAUUCGAUAUCGGUCUCAACCGUCAGGGUGCAGUUCGUCAGAAGAAGGAGGAGGUUCACGAGAAGCAGGGCCACAAGUUCGUCACCCAGCAGUUCUACAACAUCAUGCGUUGCGCCCUCUGCGGCGACUUCCUCAAGUACGCUGCCGGUAUGCAGUGCGCCGACUGCAAGUACACUUGCCACAAGAAGUGCUACCCGAAGGUUGUCACCAAGUGUAUCAGCAAAGCAAACUAUGAGACCGAUCCCGACGAGGAAAAGAUCAACCACCGCAUUCCGCAUCGCUUCGAGGGUUUCUCCAACAUUUCCGCCAACUGGUGCUGUCACUGUGGUUAUCUGCUUCCCUUUGGGCGGAAGAACGCCAAGCGAUGUACAGAGUGUGGUCUUACUUGUCACUCGCAUUGUACACAUCUGGUGCCUGAUUUCUGUGGUAUGUCCAUGGAGGCGGCCAACCAAAUCUUGGAGACCCUGAUCCGCACCAAGAACCAUAACAAGACCGCCUCUGUAAGCUCUGGUCUUAGCGGCCGCACCCUGCGGCCCAGCGGCACACCCCAGGGCCCUCAGGACAGUGCGGCUAUGGCCUACCCGCAGAAGCCUGUCGAGAGCCCGUACGGAGCACCUCAGCGCCAGCCUUCCGCUGAAGCUGUGAGCGCGGCUACCAACUCGUACAUGCCUCCCCAGUCGCCGACAGCCGCUGCAAGGCAGCAGAUGCCCCCGAGAACGUCGUCGAGUGCGGCUGUGGCUGCUGCCACUGUCGCGACGGGAAUGCCCUCGCCCCAGCAAAUGCCAGCGGAGCAGAAUCGCCCGAUGCAGCCGCAGCUGCCUACCUAUGACCCCAAGGCGUACGAGCCGUACGCCAAUGCGCCGCAAGGCAUGCCGCCUCAAGCGAUACAGCAUGCAGCUCCCGCCGGGUAUGGCAUGCCUGCACAGCAGCCGGCUAUGCAGAUGGUUUCACAGCAGCCUCCUGAGGCUCCUCAGCAGCCAAAGGUCCGGAUUGGAUUGGACCACUUCAAUUUCCUGGCGGUUCUGGGUAAGGGUAACUUCGGAAAGGUCAUGCUGGCAGAAACAAAGAGCACCAAGAGGCUUUACGCUAUCAAGGUGCUGAAGAAGGAGUUCAUCAUCGAGAAUGACGAAGUAGAAAGCACAAAGUCCGAGAAGCGAGUCUUCAUGAUCGCGAACAAGGAGCGUCACCCCUUCUUGCUGAACCUUCACGCCUGUUUCCAGACCGAGACGCGCGUUUACUUCGUCAUGGAAUACAUUAGCGGUGGUGAUCUGAUGUUGCAUAUUCAGCGCGGCCAGUUUGGUCUCAAGCGGGCACAGUUCUACGCUGCGGAGGUCCUGCUAGCACUCAAGUAUUUCCACGAGAACGGUGUCAUUUACCGUGAUUUGAAGCUCGACAACAUCAUGUUGACCCUGGACGGUCACAUUAAGGUUGCUGAUUACGGUCUUUGCAAGGAGAACAUGUGGUAUGGUGCGACCACGAGCACGUUCUGUGGUACUCCAGAAUUCAUGGCGCCGGAGAUUCUUCUGGACAAGAGAUACGGCCGUGCUGUUGAUUGGUGGGCAUUCGGUGUCCUCAUUUACCAGAUGCUUCUUCAGCAGUCUCCAUUCCGUGGUGAAGAUGAGGACGAAAUAUACGAUGCUAUUCUUGCCGAUGAGCCCCUAUACCCCAUCCAUAUGCCUCGCGAUUCGGUCUCGAUUCUCCAGAAGCUCCUCACCCGUGAGCCGGAACUGCGUCUUGGCUCCGGACCUACCGAUGCCCAAGAAGUCAUGUCUCAUGCGUUCUUCAGGAACAUCAACUGGGAUGACAUCUACCACAAGCGGGUGCCCCCGCCGUUCUUGCCACAAAUUAGCAGCCCUACCGAUACUAGCAACUUCGACCAGGAGUUCACCAGCGUCACUCCUGUCCUUACACCCGUGCAAUCAGUCCUCUCCCAGGCAAUGCAGGAAGAGUUCCGCGGCUUCUCGUACACCGCGGACUUUGCGUAA